GGAAGAGAAAAAAGAUUUGAUCGCACGAUGAAUCCUGAAAAUUGCAGGGACUGAAUGCAAGAAAAAACUCCGGCAGUGUUUUUACAACUUUCUGUGAUGCUAAUUGCAGCGAGUGUGACUGUUUUUGGUUGGUCCCGUCAAUGUUGAACUUUCGUCUUGCAGAGUUCACGAAAUGGUGGAAUUUCUAACAUUAUAGGAAACUUUCAAUUUUUUUCAUUCUCCAUAUGAAAUUUUUUAAUGGCUUCUUACAUUCUUCAGUUUCGGAAAUACCUACUUAUGUCAUUUGUUGUUAGUUGUUACGCUGUGUGGAUUAAUUUUCUGGAAUCCGAGCUGACAAAACUGUAUUCAACACAUUUUUGUAAAUUACGGCCUCUUUUACAGAAAAUAAAAAAGAAGAAAACUGAGGAUACCUUGUAUUUCUUUUAGCGUUAUGCUGAUUUGAUUAUAAAUUGGAAAAAUCCAUACCUUUCUUUCCCCUGGUCGGAGAAAAAAAUUGUUCGAAAUAUUUACCAGGAAAUGAUGUACUGACUACUGACACCGACACUGUACUUAUUUUUCCCGAAGUAACUCUUGUUAUCUCUAGUAACAGAUUCUUUCUAGUUUCUUUUGAGUAUGAAAAAUAAUAAUUGAAGAUUGAGUACCUAAAUUAAAUUAAAUUACUCAAAAAUGACAAAGAAGUAGUUCCCCUCCUUAACCGAUGACGUCAUAGCAAAAGUUGAAUGUUGAAUGUUUUUGGGGAAUUACCAAUUACGUCAUAGAUUAUUAGGAAUAAACGUAACGUAACGUACAUGAUAAGGUGAGGAAAUGGUUGGGAAAGAUUUUCAUUAUUUUUAAAGUUUUUUUACUCAUUCAAGUUGAAGUUCGAUCGAGUUAUUCGAGUUCGACGUUUGUUUUAACUCAUUUUAAGUUUAUAAUCGUCAAUUUUUGGAGUAAAUUCUAGUAUUGUUCAUUUCAUUUGAUUGAGUUUUUCUUUCAAAAUCAAAAAUGUUGUGUCUAGAUUUAGCUCCAAAUCAAAGAAUUAUCGAUUUAAAAGCUACUUUGAACAGUGGUCAUGAAAUGCCUGUGAUUACUUUGGGAACGUAUCAAAUCACAGGACGUCCUCAAAUUCUUGAAACGUUGGACGCUGCGUUCAAAGCCGGAUACCGUUCCAUUGAUACGGCUGCCGUUUACCGUAACGAACAGGAAAUUGGAUAUGCUUUGAGACAAUUAUUACCAAAACAUGGGCUCAAACGAGAAGAUAUUUUCAUUACUACAAAACUAGCACCCAGUGAUCAUGGUGACGAACUUAGAGUAACACAAGCGGUUACAACGUCCCUGCAGUAUUUGGGUAUAUCGUACAUAGAUCUGUAUUUGAUACACUGGCCUGGUGCCGCAGGAUAUUCACCAUCAGAUCCUUGUAAUUAUACGUUCAGAACAAAUACCUGGAAACAUUUAAUCAAGUUAUAUAACGAAGGUAAAGGUAUCAUAAGGUCAAUUGGUGUAUCCAAUUUCACUGUUGGCCAUCUCAGUCAGUUGCUGCGCGAUACUUCCAUCAUACCAGCCGUAAAUCAAGUGGAGUUUCAUCCACAUUUCCAACAAAGUAAGGAGUUGACAAAUAUCGCAAAGAAGAACGGAAUCAUUUUGCAAGCUUACAGCCCUUUAGGUGGAACUGCUAAUCCUUGUUUAUUGAAGGAUCCUAUCGUUAGCCACGUGGCUCACAGCAAUAAAAUUACACCUGGUCAAACUCUUCUGCGUUACGCUCUACAAAGAGGCUACGCGGUCGUGCCAAAAUCUGUUACUCCGUCUAGAAUCGAAGAAAACUCGCGUCUAGAAAAGGAACUGUCGCAAGAAGAUAUUAAUACAUUAAAUAAUAUCGGACGCAGGGAUAAAUACGCUUGGAACCCAGAGCCUGUUAUGUGAUCUGGGCAUUCUAAAUAACUAAUCCACAUUUACCUUUAAACAUUACUGAAUUUCAAACAUUUAAUCCUAUUUCAUCGUUAAAUUAAAGUUAAAUAACUCCUUUCA